AGGGCGAGCGAGCGGCAGCGCUCAGCAUUGUGGCAGGCGGCGGAGGCCCGCGAGGGCGCCGGAGCCGCCGGUAGUGGCGGGGCGCAGGGAGGCGCGCACGGGGAAUUGGACGGCGCGGCGUCGGCCGCUGCGAGCGCGACUGAGCGCUCUCUCCUUCGGUCGCCUAACUUCGGAGCCAGGACGCCGGAGCCCGGGAAGCGCUCGAGCCCCGGAGCCUGAGGAGCGCAGAGAGGGGCGCGCAGAGCCUGGCUGAAGAGCGGGCGCAGACACCCAUCGAGCUCCGAGCGCCAGGCAGCCCUCUGCGAAGCGUGGCUGCCGCUGCCCCCACGGAGGGCACGGGCUGGCGUGGCCCGGCGCCGGGGAGGACGGCGAGGAGGAGGCGGCGGCGGCGGAGACGGCGGCGGCGAGACUGGGGCCAGGGAGAGAGCCCCGGGGGAGAGGCGCCCGAGCCGGGCCGCGGGAGCAUGUGGGCCCGGAGCGGAGCGCGGGGCGCUCUGCUGCUGGCGCUGCUGCUCUGCUGGGAUCCGAGUCUGAGCCAAGCAGGCUCUGAUUCUGGCAGCGAGGUGCUCCCGGACUCCUUCCCGUCAGCGCCAGCAGAGCCGCUGCCCCACUUCCUGCAGGAGCCACAGGACGCCUACAUCGUGAAGAAUAAGCCAGUGGAGCUGCGCUGCCGUGCCUUCCCCGCCACCCAGAUCUACUUCAAGUGCAACGGCGAGUGGGUCAGCCAGAAUGACCAUGUCAUGCAGGAGGGCCUGGACGAGGCCACCGGCCUGCAGGUGCGAGAGGUGCAGAUCGAGGUGUCACGGCAGCAGGUGGAAGAACUGUUCGGCCUGGAGGAUUACUGGUGCCAGUGCGUGGCCUGGAGCUCUGCGGGCACCACCAAGAGUCGCCGGGCCUAUGUCCGCAUUGCAUACCUGCGCAAGAACUUCGAUCAGGAGCCUCUGGGCAAGGAAGUGCCCCUGGACCACGAGGUUCUCCUGCAAUGUCGCCCACCAGAGGGGGUGCCUGUGGCUGAGGUGGAAUGGCUUAAGAACGAGGAUGUCAUCGACCCCAGCCAGGACACCAACUUCCUGCUCACCAUCGACCACAACCUCAUCAUCCGCCAGGCCCGCCUGUCAGAUACAGCCAACUACACCUGCGUGGCCAAGAACAUCGUGGCCAAACGUCGCAGCACCACUGCCACCAUCAUCGUCUAUGUGAACGGUGGCUGGUCCAGCUGGGCAGAGUGGUCACCCUGCUCCAACCGCUGUGGCCGUGGCUGGCAGAAGCGCACACGGACCUGCACCAACCCCGCCCCACUCAAUGGAGGCGCCUUCUGCGAGGGCCAGGCCUUCCAGAAGACUGCCUGCACCACCGUGUGCCCAGUCGAUGGUGCCUGGACAGAGUGGAGCAAGUGGUCAGCCUGUAGCACCGAGUGUGCCCACUGGCGCAGCCGCGAGUGCAUGGCGCCCCCGCCCCAGAACGGGGGCCGAGACUGCAGCGGGACCCUGCUCGACUCCAAGAACUGCACUGACGGGCUGUGUGUGCAGAAUAAGAAAACUCUAAGUGACCCCAAAAGCCACCUCCUGGAGUCCUCGGGGGAUGUGGCGCUGUACGUGGGCCUCGUGGUGUCCAUCUUCGUGGUCGUGGCUGUCCUCAUGGUGGUGGGGGUGGUGGUGUACCGUCGCAACUGCCGAGAUUUUGAAACCGACAUCACUGACUCAUCUGCCGCCCUCACUGGCGGCUUCCACCCAGUCAACUUCAAGACGGCAAGGCCCAACAACCCACAGCUGCUACACCCUUCUGUGCCUCCGGACCUCACAGCCAGUGCUGGCGUCUACCGAGGGCCCAUGUAUGCCCUGCAGGACUCAGCCGACAAGAUCCCCAUGACCAACUCACCCCUGCUGGACCCCCUGCCCAGCCUCAAGAUCAAGGUCUACAACUCCAGCACCACUGGCUCUGGGCCUGUCCUGGCGGAUGGGGCUGACCUGCUGGGAGUCCUGCCACCAGGCACAUACCCUGGUGAUUUUGCCCGGGACGCCCACUUCCUGCACCUGCGCAGUGCCAGCCUCGGCUCCCAGCAGCUCCUGGGCCUGCCCCGUGACCCGGGCAGCAGUGUCAGCGGCACCUUUGGCUGCCUGGGCGGGAGGCUCAGCAUCCCCGGCACAGGGGUCAGCCUGCUGGUGCCUAAUGGAGCCAUCCCCCAGGGCAAGUUCUACGAGAUGUACCUCCUCAUCAACAAGGCAGAAAACACCCUCCCGCUUUUGGAAGGGACCCAGACAGUAUUGAGCCCCUCGGUGACCUGCGGGCCCACGGGCCUCCUGCUGUGCCGCCCCGUCAUCCUCACAGUGCCCCACUGUGCCGAAGUCAGUGCCGGCGACUGGAUCUUCCAGCUCAAGACCCAGGCCCACCAGGGCCACUGGGAGGAGGUGGUGACCCUGGAUGAGGAGACCCUGAAUACCCCCUGCUACUGCCAGCUGGAGGCCAGGUCCUGCCACAUCCUGUUAGACCAGCUGGGCACCUACGUGUUCACUGGUGAGUCCUAUUCCCGCUCGGCUGUCAAGCGGCUCCAGCUGGCUAUCUUCGCCCCCGCCCUCUGCACCUCCCUGGAGUACAGCCUCAGGGUCUACUGCCUGGAGGACACGCCUGUAGCACUGAAGGAGGUGCUGGAGCUGGAGCGGACCUUGGGAGGCUACCUAGUAGAGGAGCCAAAACCCCUGCUGUUUAAGGACAGUUACCAUAACCUGCGCCUCUCCCUUCACGACAUCCCCCAUGCUCACUGGAGGAGCAAGCUGCUGGCCAAGUACCAGGAGAUCCCCUUCUGUCAUAUUUGGAGUGGCAGCCAGAAGGCCCUGCACUGCACCUUCACCCUGGAGAGGCACAGCCUGGCCUCCACGGAGCUCACAUGCAAAAUCUGCGUGCGGCAGGUGGAAGGGGAGGGCCAGAUAUUCCAGCUGCACACCACACUGGCAGAGACGCCUGCUGGCUCCCUGGAUGCCCUCUGCUCUGCCCCCAGCAGUGCGGUCACCACCCAGCUGGGACCCUAUGCCUUCAAGAUCCCACUGUCCAUCCGUCAGAAGAUAUGCAACAGCCUGGAUGCCCCCAGCUCGCGUGGCAACGACUGGCGGCUGUUGGCACAGAAGCUCUCCAUGGACCGGUACCUGAACUACUUUGCCACCAAAGCAAGCCCCACAGGUGUGAUCCUGGACCUCUGGGAAGCCCUGCAGCAGGACGACGGGGACCUCAACAGUCUGGCGAGUGCCUUGGAGGAGAUGGGCAAGAGCGAGAUGCUGGUGGCCAUGGCCACUGACGGGGAUUGCUGAGCCGCCCCAGACCCGCAGGCUGGGAGGGACCAGCAGGAGGCCGGCACAGGCGGGCCCGGGGCAGCCUCCUGUGGGGCAUUUGGGCCUCCUCUGCCCCCGAGCUCACAGCCAGAAUCGCCCCUCCUCCUCCUCCUCCUCCUCCUCCCCUUGCCUGCCCCCACAGACCACGACCAGCCUUAGGAAAUCCAUGGACUUUGUGGCUGGGAGGACCCAGCAUUCCUUCCCCAUCCCCUGCUGACUCUCCUGACCUCAGACCUUUGUGCAGGAACCAGGAUGAGGCUGGGGCCUCUGGAGGGGAGCAAGGAGGUGGCCCUCCCACCCUCAGCCCCGGGGCCCCGGGGCCCCGGGGACAUCUGUUUUAGUUGUGUUCUUCAUUUUCUUCCUCAGUUACUGAUUUCUCCCUCCUCCUGAAGCCCCUUCCUCCUUUCACACCAUUUUCGUCUUUGAAGAGUCAAGUACAAUUCAGACAAACUACUUUCUCCUGUCCACAAGUGAAAAGGAAGAGGAAAGAAAGAAGGAAAGAAAGCAAGCUUCAGACUGCUAGUAAGGCUCAAAAUAGAAGAAAAACACCAGAACCACAAGGGAAAAGAAAAACCCAGUUUCUUAGGAAACGCAAAUAAUUUAUUAUCCAGAUAUUUGGAUAAGUCCUUUUUAAGAAAAAAAAAGAAAAGAAAAUGAAAAAACAACACACAAAAAAAUAGAAAACACUUUUCUUGAGUGGAUGAGUGUGGGCAUGCUCAUUGGCUCUGGCCAGGAGCAUGUGUGUGUGUGUGUGUGUGAGCGUGUGAGAGAGAGACUCAGGGAGAGAGACUGAACAGGAAACAUUUUCCUGCUAAUGAUUCUACCUUAGACUACAUUCUUACAAAGCCUCAGCUUCCCCAGUUCUACGGGAUCAGAUGAGGUUUGAGCCAUGGUCCCAUGUUUUCCUCUAAAAUUCUAAGCAGACACUUAAUCCAUAAAGCCAGAAGCCUGAGGUCUGGUGUGGAGUGAGGUCCCCACUCCCUCUCACAGCCCAGGCGGAUGCCCCAAGGCUCCUCUGGGCUCCUAGGAAUCUAGAUUAAGAGGCCCUGGGUUGGACAAUGUGGAUGGGCCAGCCCAGCUGUGAGCCAGGGAGAAUUUCCAGUACUGUUGUCUUGGUGGCUCAUGGAGAGGGGGUGCAGCCCAGAAGUGGGGCCCUAGCAGAGAAAGAAGUUGGGGAUAAUCCCCUAUGAACACCUCUCCCCUGACCCCAGGAUGGGGCCAGCCGGGGCACCCCGACCCUCAGCCUCUAGACCAGGUGGCUGGAGCAGGGUGGCGUUCUCUUAAUGCCAGGGAGUCCAGGAGCUGCCCUUCCCAGCCUUGGUUUCUCCUUCUGUAAAACAGAAGGGAUGGAUGAGAGGGCCUCUCUAGCUGCAUGAACUUCUGGGCUUCAGGGUGAUUUUGAGGAGCAUGUGAGCAUCAGCCCUGUGGCCUGGGAGGCUGGGAGGUGGGUGGCCUGGCUGUGCUUUACACGCCGCCCAGAGUGGAGGAGGAAGGGUGGGAGGCUUUUUUUCCAGCUCCCAUCUCUGCAGGCACCUCCCUUCCACCCUCUCCUCGCCCUCCCGGGGCAGUCUGGGAGAGCUUGAAUAAGCUUUGACCGGCAGGGUUGCCAGAGUGGAGGGUUCCAGAAUGUUCUGAGAGGCCAUCAGGGUCCCUUUUGGCCAUCUGGCAGUGGCUGGGACCAGAAUCUUGAGCAGGUGCAGAGACCUCAUCAAAAGCCUCUCCUCCUUGGUACCCAGGGCAAAGCAAAUGCUAGUGCUGGGCACUGACCCCUGGGCUUGCCACACAGGUCUGUGAGCAGCUGCUGGGACCAGCUUGGGCGUAUCUUGCCUUUGCAAGUCUGGUCUCCUGGGAGGAAAGCAGGUUUCGGGGCUGUAGUCCCAGCCAGUGUUCCCACCCUGGCCUGCCGUGCACUCGGGGAUUUAUUGGAUGGGGGUUCUCACCAGCCAUCAGCCCUGCUAGGGAAUGGGUCGGCUGUGGGCAUUCACAGGCUCUGGGUUUGAGACAGGGUUCCUUUUUAUCAGGGCUGCCAAAGGGGCCAGGCCUGCAUCGGACUUGGGCCCCUGAGGCUGAGACCACGGCUCUUUACCCCAGCGCCCAUGUGGACGUUGCCUCAGACAAAGGCAGUGAGCCUUCUCUGCCAAGGUGCCUGGCCUCAGUGGGCUCAGCCUCCCUGCUUGCUCCAAGUCUGAGCUGUGGGAGCCCAUGUGCUAGCUUGAGGGCAGCCUCACCAGUGCUGCGAAGGGCUUUACUGGUGCUGUUCCCCAGCUGUACGAUGCCCACAGGCAGCCUGCAGUCCAAAGACCUGUGCUCAAGCUCCGCUUUGCCAUUAAACUGCUGUGUGACCUCGGGCACAUGAUGGCCUUCUCGGGGCCUCUUUUCCUUUUUAUACCUAGAAGUCCCCACAGCUGCUGUCAGAGACCCUUUGAGCCUUGACACGUCAUCAUUGUAGGCUUUUGAUGGGAACCCUAGUGGGUAGAAGUUGACUGCGGUGUGCUAUGCCCUUCCUCCCCGCCCCACCCUCAGAAGCCAGCUUCCUCAGAUCCCAGGACGGAAGUCCUUGGUGGAUGAGGCCAGGCCAGCCACCCAGGUGCCAUUUCUAAUCUGAUUUCCCGAAAUUGUGUACCAGGGCCUGGAGCACAGAACCAGUUGGCUGCAGCCUCCUGGGAGGGUUCAAACUGUUCAGCUUUAUAAAAAAAAGCCUAGAACGGAUUUGCUGGCCCCAUCAAUCUACUGAGGCUGCUGUGACUACAUCUGCACACUGCCUGCCUUGGGGUAGGAUGGUGAUUUCUCUGCUUAUUCAGACCUGAGAAGCAGCCCCAUGCGGCCCAGUACCUUGAGAGCAGCAGAUUAAGUGCACAGUGUUUAAGUCUCUCUCCUCUCCGUGUGCUUGCACACGCAUGCGUGUGUGUGUGUGCUUUGAUCGGGCACAUCAGCAUGCCCCUCCAGGAAUAUGUCCCCACGUGUGUGUGUGUGUGUGUGUGUGUGUGUGUGUGUCUGUCCUCCUCGCGUCCAUGCUGGGACAUCUGGAGGUUGGCAUGCCUGUUUUUGCCCUCUCUGAGUCCACAGGGUCAGUCGGUGUAUCUUCUACGUGCCUCUCCCUCUGCCUUCUCUCGCAGUGCCCCAGGCUCCGGAGGGGCUCCAGAGGGACCCUCCCCAUCUCCUGGAUGAUCCAGGGCCCUCUGGUCCCCAUCCCCCAGCAACCAGACAGCUGAGCCAGGUCCCUUAGCAGGUCCUCUGAGGAGAGGUGACCAGGAGCCUGAGUGCAAGGAGCAGCUCUCCUGGGGGCAAAGGGCUGGACCACCUGCCUGGGCCAUCGACAUGGUAAUAUGCCCAGGGCUGCAGGGCUGCAGGGAUGGCCCUAAUCCCACCUCUGUUUAUUCUGUAAACUACAACCUGUAAAUAACGUUUAGCAUUCCUAUUGUAACAAAAUUAAUUUUUAUGAAAUAAAUUAUAUUUCCUAGUCUAAUAAAAGAAAUCCAGGUUGUAUUCUGCUGUC